AUGGGGUUUAGGACUAAAAAAAUAUUAUUCAUUGGUGUCAGGAACUCUUACUGUUGCAUUUGUGCUGUAGCUGCAAAGGGGAAAACUGAAGUUCCUGCUCAUAAAUGUUAUAAAAAUUGGUUUGGCCCUUCAACUCAAAUGGAAACUGAUGCGAUCGUAGAGGGAUUCAAAAUUAGUGUUAGUAUGCAUGGACUUAAAUAUACAAAAUUGAUUGGCGAUGGUGAUAGCAGCGUGUGUAAUGCUUUGAAAGAUGCAAUUCCCUAUGGACCAAAUGUCUAUAUAAGUCUCUAUAUAAGUAAAAUUGAAUGCUCCAAUCACUUGAUGAAGAAUUACUCAAAUAAGUUGAGGAAAAUUGUAAAAAAGUGCGAAAAGAGGAACGGACCAGUACCUGUCACACUACGCAAAACACUGAGAUUAGAUCUAGAUUAUCUUCUUAGAUCGUCGUAUAUGUUGACGAAUUGUCCUUUCUUUCAGCGAUCGGCUAAAUAA